GCUCGCGGCCCGUACCGGCAACGUCGCUGGAGGCGGCAUCCCGUCGUCGUCGUCGUCGGCGACGCAGUGUGCGGCCAAAAACACACCCAAUGUUUGUGUUUUCGAAUCGCUCGUGAAGGUGCACCAUCGUCGUCGUCGCACCAUCGUCGUCGUCGAGGACGAGGAGUGACGUUUGUUGACGCAGCAACGAAGCAACUACCCGGACGAACGCGUCGCCGUGGCAUGUAGCUGCCGCAGUAUCGUCGCCACGGAAUCCCCACGUCGUCGGCUACCCGAAGAUGUGGACGACGACGAAAACCACCAAGUACGCCGUCGCUGUGUACAACUGGCGAGGGGACACGCGUUAUGGACUACCUCUGGAAAUCGGAGAAACCGUGCAGAUUCUGGAGGAAUGUGCGGGCUGGUACAGAGGCUUCUCGACGAAGAAUCGCGCGGUGAAAGGGAUCUUCCCGAGCACGUACGUGCACCUGAAACCAUGUAAAAUCGACAAUGAGGGCCUCUUCGAGUCCGUCAUACCGUUGGAAGAUCCGGUGGUGCGAGAAGUCAUCCUGGUCCUGCGAGAAUGGGGCGGGAUUUGGAAGAGGCUGUACGUGGAACGCGAGGAGUACAAAUUCAACGCUUUGCGCAAAGUGAUGAGGGAGUUGCUGGAAUGGCGGCGGCAACUUUUGGCCGGCACCCUCACCACGGAUCAGACGCGGGAGCUGAAACUACGGAUAAUCAAUAAAGUGGAUUGGGGCAAUCGAAAGCUUGGCUUGGACCUGGUGCCACGUCAAGGUGCUCACAUGGUGGAACCAGAUACGAUGUCCGUCGUGGAAUUAUACCAUGUGCACGUGCAAAGCGCCGAGAACUCUCAGGGUGCGUCCGCUCGGGGCACUUUGCGCCGCAAGGAACACAAGAAGGUCCUCACCCACCACUUGUACUUCUGCAUGAGGGACUUCGGACACUCGGUCGGCGAGGACACCGAGAUCUACUUCUCCCUGUUCGACGCGAAACGGCAGCAGUACCUGAGCGAGCGCUUCCUGGUGCGCAUCAGCAAGGAGGGCUUCUCCAACUACGUGGAGAAGAUGCACAGCAACUGCACCAUCUUCACGGACCUCGGCAACUCGGAUCUGAGCCGCGAUCUCUACAUGAUCGCGCACGUGAUGCGCUGCGGCCGGAUGCUCUACUCCGAUUCCGGCAAGAACAAGACCGGAACCGCGAUCUACCGAAGGCCUCACGGGGUGGCGGUGCUUUCCCUGGCGAUGCUCUCCGUCACGGAGACCGCGCAGGAUCACGCGGAUGAGCACGAGCUGACUUUCAAAGUAUAUCAAGGGGAAGAGAAGGAAUUUCACCAGCUGCACGAGCAAAUCAUACGCAAUAACAAGUGUUCUCCUCUACCCGGCCAGCCCAAUUACGGAAUAGUCGUGUCCCUUCGUAUCCUGCACGGAGAACUGUCUCAGGUUCGGGACGAGAACCCGUUACUGUUCAAAAAUAUUUGCCUCACGAAGAAACUCGGAUUCUCGGACGUCAUUAUGCCGGGUGAUGUGCGUAACGAUUUGUAUUUGAAGCUGGAACGGGGAGAAUUCGAACGCGGUGGAAAAUCCACCGGAAAGAAUAUCGAGGUGACAAUCCUGGUCCUGGAUGCGGACGGUCAACCCUUGGAGGAGUGUCUGUUCGGAGCCGCAGGCACGGACGGUAGCUCCGAAUAUCAGAGUUUGGUCAUAUACCAUCACAACAGCCCGUCGUGGGCGGAAACUGUAAGACUGGCGAUACCCAUCGACAAGUUUUACGGGAGCCACGUGCGUUUCGAGUUUCGGCACUGCUCCACGCGCGAGAAGAACGAUAAGAAGCUCUUCGCCUUCGCAUUCGUCCGGCUGAUGGAACCUGGAGGCGCCACUCUUCAGGAUGGUCCGCACGAGUUGUACAUUUACAAAUGCGAGGAACGCGCGAAAUUGGAUUCGCUGAGUUAUCUGUCAUUGCCGAGCAGCGCGCGAGAACCUAGUGCUGCAGGUCCACCAGCCUUCUCUAGAUCACCCAAGGAAACUGUAUUCGUGCACACUCUGCUCUGCAGCACUAAACUGACGCAAAACGUCGAUCUACUCAGCCUGUUGCAAUGGAAGGCGCAUCCCGAACGAAUAGCAGAGGCUCUGGCUCGCGUUCUUCGGCUAGACGGCGAGGAACUGGUCAAGUUCUUGCAAGACAUCCUCGAUGCACUAUUCGCCAUGUUCCAUACCGAGGAUGGCAACUCUACGGCGCACUCGGGCCUCGUGUUCCAGGUGCUCGUGUCCAUCUUCAGUCUGUUGGAGGACUCCAAGUUCGAACACUUCAAGCCGGUGAUGGACGCUUACAUCUCAGAUCACUUCGCCGCAGCUUUGGUGUACAAGGGCCUUCUCAGUAGCGUGCAGCAUUGCGCCGAUUGGGUCACCAUGGCGGAGAAGCAGGAGCCGAUCAUGAAGUGCUUUCGCUCGCUUGAAUACAUCUUCAAGUUCAUCAUCCAGAGCAGAUUGCUAUUUGCUCGUGCUACCGCCGGCCAGUACGAGGACAGCUUUAAGCGCGAUCUGUACUGCGUGUUCGCGGCUCUCAAUAAAAUGCUGGGCCUUCCGUACGAGAUGGUACUCCUGUCGCAGAUCGCGCUGCUGCUGUCGAUCGCGGCGGUGUUCGAGCAGUUGGUCGCAGUGCUGCCGGUUCUAGAAGUGGCCAAGCUUACUUGCACGAUGCUGGAAUCGGUGCCACGCGAGUCGCCACUUCAACUAACACAAGCCAAAUUGGUCGCGAUUAAGAAUCUCACGACGUCCAGCUUGUUCUGCAAGGACGACGAGAGCCGAAACCUCUUGCUCAAUACUGUAUGCCGGCAUCUGCGCGUUCAUCUGGCUCGCAGGGAGGAAUUACGGUCCUGCACCGACAUCUUGGGCGAGAUACUCAGUUUCCUGCACAAGCGCGGCAGAGACACGAACAAGGUCAACAAUUGCAUCCACCACGGUGAGACGCUCUGCGUGUCGGUGCUCGACGUGCUUAUACAGACGAUACUGAUCGUGAUUAACGCCAGCGGACCAGUCCUCGGCUGUCUCGUGGCCUGUCUGAUCGGAUUGCUCCAGCUGCUCGAUGAGUAUCACUAUGCGCGACUCUGGGAAGAGCUGACGCACACCGGCGAUCGGAAACAGCUCAAGGACUUCUUGCUCCGGGCGUUCCUGGUGCUGCGCGACCUUGUGCGCCAGGAAGUAUUCCCGCCGGACUGGUUGGUCAUCCGGAUGCAAGCCAACAAUGUUAUUCUGAGGUCGCUGCAGGAGCUCGGGCAGCCGCUCGCCUUCCGCUUUCUUCAGAGUAGUUUCGACUCGCAGCUCUGGUCCACGUACUUUAACCUGGCGGUGGCUUAUCUCACCCAGCCGUCACUUCAGCUCGAACAGUUCUCCGAGGUCAAAAGAGAGAAGAUCGUGGAAAAGUACGGCGAUAUGAGGGUUCUCAUGGGCUUCCAGAUACUGUCCAUGUGGUCUAAUCUUGGCGAGCGCAAGCUCGAAUUCAUCCCGGGCAUGGUCGGGCCUUUCCUGGAAGUCACUUUAGUACCGGAGAGCGAACUUCGUAAAGCGACUUUGCACAUUUUUUUCGACAUGAUGGAGUGCGAGCAGAGAACUCGUGGUAGUUUCAAAUCGGUUGAGUCCGAGCUGAUCGACAAAUUGGACAUUCUUAUCAGCGAGAACAAGGGCGACGAUGAAUACAGACAGUUGUUUAACACUAUGGAACACCUUAGCGCCGUAUUACUGGACAGGGUGCAGUCCGAGGACCCGGCUUGGAAGGAGAGCGGCACCGCCUUCAUAACAUCCAUCACGCGUUUACUGGAAAGGCUUCUCGAUUACAGAAGCGUCAUUCAGGGUGACGAGAAUCGUGACAAGCGCAUGUCGUGCACCGUAAAUUUGUUGAACUUCUACAAGAAUGAGUUCAACCGCAAGGAGAUGUACCUGCGCUACAUCUACAAGCUGCAUGACCUGCAUCUGGCGGCUGAGAAUUAUACAGAGGCCGGCUUCACGAUGAAGCUGUACGCCGAUCAGCUGGGCUGGGGCUCCACUGUUCUUCCUCCGGACCACGCACAUCCUCAGCAGCCGGAGUGGCAGCGCAAGGAGCUGCUCUAUCACAAGAUUAUCCACUAUCUCGAUCGUGGCAAGUGCUGGGAGAAGGGCAUCCCUCUGUGCAAGGAGCUGGCUAUCCUCUACGAGACCAGGCUGUACGACUACGCCAAGCUCAGCCAUGUGCUGAAGCUGCAGGCUAAGUUCCUGGAUAACAUCCUGACGCAGCUGCGUCCGGAACCGGAGUACUUCCGCGUCGGCUUUUACGGCCUCAGCUUCCCGCUCUUUGUUAGAAACAAGUUAUUUAUCUAUCGUGGUCUGGAGUAUGAGCGAAUAGGAGCGUUCCAGCAGCGGUUACAGACUGAGUUUCCUUGCGCUCAGAUACUGACGAAGAACUCCCCGCCGGACGAGAGCAUCCUGACGUCUGAGGGUCAAUACAUCCAAAUUUGCAACGUAAAACCAAUCCCCGAGGAGAGCAGCUUGGCUUGCAGCAAUGCCGAGGUUCCGGAACGCGUGGUCGCCUUUUAUCUGGUAAAUGACGUGCGCAAGUUCACGUUCGAUCGACCGCUGCACCGUGGUCCGGUGGAUCGCGAGAACGAGUUCAAGUCGCUGUGGAUCGAGAGGACGACGCUGACGACGGAGGCGAGGUUGCCGGGGAUCCUCAGAUGGUUCGAGGUGAUCGAGAAGCGAUCGGAGCUGUUGGCGCCGGUGCAGUACGCCUGCGAGACCAUGCAGAGCGUGGAGAGGGAACUCAGACGACUGGUGGCGCAGUACACCGCCGAGCCGCACAGGAACAUUAAUCCAUUCAGCAUGCGGCUGCAGGGUAUCAUCGACGCCAAUGUGAUGGGCGGCAUCACCAAGUAUCAGGAGGCCUUCCUCACUUCAGAGUUCGCACGACAGAAUCCCGAGAUGGUGCCACACGUAAACAGACUCAAGGGACUCAUCUUGGAUCAGAUGAGCGUCCUCGAGUCGGGUCUGAUGUUGCAUGGCCAGAUCGCGCCGGCUGGCGUCCAACCCCUGCACAAGAGAUUGAUCGAGAGGUUCACGCAACUGAAACAAGGCCUUGGUCCAUUGGCCAGGCAGAGGACCAUUCACCAAGACAGCAUCGUCAAUUCGCCGCUACCGCCUCUACCGAUCAAUGACAAGCAGCGCCCGGCCACUCUAGAGACUCCUGGCUCCAGGACAUCGCACGCCGACAGCGACGGCCUUCCAGAGGACGAGGGCUUUUACACCAAGGUGGACGGCAUCCCGCCACCUAUUCCGCAACGAGAAGUUCGCCCGCGCUCCGUCGGCUAUGGAACAACACCGCCUAGACCUACGCAUCAGAGGUCUCUCAGUAAACCCCUGAGUCCGAAACUGCCGCUGAGGCAUUCUUUGCCCACUCCUACCGACAGCGCGGAUCAAGGCGGCCUCAGAAGCUCCUGGAGCGAACCUGGACCCGAGCCCGCUCCGCCGCUGCCACCUAGAGGUUGCACGCCGGACAAGAGAGACUCAAAUGCCGUGGUGCCGCCGGCGCCGCCGAAACGCGGUUUGGCGUACAAACGCACCAACACGGAGUGGAGCACCGACGACGACUCCGAGAUCACGGAGUCGAGAACCGAGUCCAACGAUCUACGCGACAGCGGGAUCUCCACCGCUAGCCUCCUGGACUUCCAGUCGCACCUCACGAACCUGAACAAUCUCGGCUACGAGGAUUUCGAGCCGCGCUCCCGGUCCAACGACAUCAUGAACAUCUCCCCGCCGUCCGUGAUAAGCGCGCUCAACGUCUCCACCAGCUUCGCCAGCGGCACAUUCCAGGGCUCGUAUUCUCUUCCCAGUCAGGAGAUGAGUCCUCCACCUAUACCUCCCAAGGCCCAUCAGGACACUCCUUCGGCCCCCUCGACUCUGGAGAGAGGGUCCACCAGGACGCAGAGUCACGGCCUCUCGGAGAACUACUCCGUGCCGAAGAUGCAGACACUUUCCGUUGCGUCCGACACGGAGAGCACCGUGUAGCGACGAUAUAUACUCCUAGUCUCUAGCGAUUAUUUAGCCCCUAGUGAUGUAUAUGUGCCAUCAUGCGCGAAUUCUGUAUCCGAUUUGUCCGUCGGGCGGAUUUUCUUAGAUAACAGUAACUUAGGGUAAGCAAAUAAGAAUAUCAUCAUCGUCGUUAUCGUCGUCGUGUUUAACGGGUAAAACGUGGAAAGAGACACCCUCUUUUCAUCAUUGAAAUCCCCGAUACGUAGCAAAUAACCCAAUAACGAAUUUCAAAGUCAGACAAAUCAAAUCAUCUCCCCGAAAACUGAAAACCCGCGUAUAAUAUCGUACCUUAAAAGAGAUAACUAGAGUAUCAUAGAUGCGCGUAAUAAUCGCUCUUGAACACCGAGGACGUCCAGCAAGAAGGCUUUUCCACGAGGUAGCUUUCGACUCGUCUGGACGUCAUCGGGGAUCGAACCGCGAGAUAUACGUAUAUAUAUAUAAAUAUACAUACAUCGACUUUUACUUUAGAGAUCUUCCGAGUAUAUCGAUCCACAGAUAACAAACACGCACACUGAAUACUACGUAUAUAUUUUGUAAGUUAUUUAUAUUUUCGAUGAGAGAAAAAUAAAGGGUAAUUUUUCAAUCAACAACCGCUGCGGAAAUUGUGUGGAAUGUGGAUUAUCAGCCAGCUUCUGGUUGCGAUUCAGGAAGAAGUAAAGGAUGACGAGCGAAAAGCAAAUUUCAUCUUGUUGCUGAAGGAUAUAUAAAUUAUGUAUUUUUUUUCUCACAGAUCGUUUUCUCUCUUCUCGUCUUGUAUGAGCAUAUGAUAUAUAUAUAUAUCCGACAUAUAUAUAUAUAUAUAUAUAUAUAUAUACAAAAGUAUGAAAAAAACUGCGCUGCAAAAUUGACACGCUUCGACUUAUUCGCUACGUUUUUUCUUCUUCUUCUUCUUCAUCAUGGCAUGUAAAGUAAAAAGAAAGAUUUGUAAACUUUUAUAUAUAUAUAAAAAAAUGAAGGGAGAUGGAAACGCAAAUGUGGAAUCUAAAAUGAUACAUAUACAUGUAUAAGAGAGAGAGAGAUGACAGACAGGCAGUGGAAUGUGUACAUUGCACAAAAUACUGAGCUCAAAGAGAAAGAAUGAAUACUAACGAAUAUAUAAAACGCGAUAAUGAUUAGAGAUCAUUUUCGUUCUCCGAAUCUUUUUCCGAACGUUCAUUGCCGCGAUUAUAUAUAUAUAUAAACGGCAAUCGGAUCGUUCGCCGAGAAAAAUCGGAGAUUCACAAAAUCACCAGGUCGCCCUUCUUAAUACAAAGUAAAACAACAAGCGCAAAUUUUGUUGUUUUUUUUAAUGAAUCGAUCGGAGCAAUUAAUUGAACGCAUUCGCUGCACACAACGAUGGUAUAAUAAUAAGCCGAGUGUAAAUUCGCAUGUGUUUUUUUUUUAAAUUCUAAACACAAAGUUACACAGAGAAAAGUUUUAAGAAGUUACUUUUAGUUACACACAUUGAUUGUGUAAGCUAAAAUAAAAAAUUAAAAAAAUAUAAAUUAUCAAUUUGCCUCGUUUUGUGCACCGAAUCCUUCAAUUGAUGGCCUGAUCGACGAAUAAACGUCACACAUCGAUAUUUUCCAAUGAUGAUGCAAACGAUAAUUUGCCGAUAAUAUACCAUUUUUAAUGAUAUUCAUUAAAUAAAUAAUUAUUUAAACGACGUCAUCGUUCACACUGCCAGCUCGUUGAAAGAUAUUCGCGACGUGCGACAUUUAUAUCUCUUCAGGAUAGAAUAGAUUUUUACCGCGGCGGACCCGCACAUACACGCUAAUUAAUAUGGCUAAUUAUGUAAUAAGUCAUGGCCGCUUCUUUUCUUGUUUAAAUAUAUAUAUCGACGAUCGUUUCGAAGUCUUUAUUGCGCGUUGUAGACACUUAAGCUAGGCGUAAGCUAAGUUACUUUGUACGUUGUUCUCGUUUGUUCUGGCACGGACCUCGUCAAACGGACGUUUCCGCAUUAGUAUCCUUCCUGGAAAAAAAAAAGAAACGAAUCAGCGACAAUCGCGAUUAUUUCGGGUCCGGUCGAGCGAUGGUGGUCUCUCGCGAAAGAGACACCGAGUGGAUUUUUAGCGAUUAAGAAGAGACAAUCGAUCUUACCUCCUCGCUGAUGAGUUUUUUUCGUUUGAUAGUCGUCGAUAGGGCAAGCACGGAUCACAGAGAAAAGAUACAGUUAUGUUAGAACGUUCCAACGCCACCUUAUUCACGUGCAAACAGCAAGAGGAAACCAAAGAAAUCAGAAUGAAUGAAUGAAUGAAUUAAGAAAGGAAAAACGAGCGAGAAAAAUGUUGAGCGUUAAACGAGAAAAAAAAAUCGCUGUAACUUAAGUAUUAUAUAGAGAUCGCCGCCGACCCUUUUUCUAUAUACGUUGGAUGUAACGUAUUUGUACUGUCUUUUUGUAAAUUAUUUUGUAUCUCAGUGAGUGAAGUAGAAACUUCUCGGACAUAAUCGUUUAUAUAAAGGUUUCUAUUUUUAUUCAAACGUGA